GGAAGCUGGGCCUUCUCGCGAGGCCCCGCGUAGCCGAGCCGGGAGGUCCUGAACGGCGUGGAGGUCGUUGGAGUCACUUGCUCUCCGCCAGCUCCUUCUCUUGCUGGUCCGCGCCCCGCCCGCCCCAGCCAUGCUCUCCGCCCUCGCCCGGCCUGCCGGCGCCGCUUUCCGCCGCAGCUUCAGCACCUCGGCCCAGAACAAUGCUAAAGUAGCUGUGCUCGGGGCUUCUGGAGGAAUUGGACAGCCCCUUUCACUUCUCCUGAAGAACAGCCCUUUGGUGAGCCGCCUGACCCUCUACGAUAUUGCUCACACACCAGGAGUGGCUGCAGAUCUGAGCCACAUUGAGACAAGAGCGAAUGUGAAAGGCUACCUCGGACCUGAGCAGCUGCCAGACUGCCUGAAAGGUUGUGAUUUGGUCGUUAUUCCAGCCGGAGUCCCGAGAAAACCAGGUAUGACACGGGAUGACCUGUUCAACACCAAUGCCACAAUUGUGGCCACCCUGGCUGCUGCCUGUGCCCAGCAUUGCCCUGAGGCCAUGAUCUGCAUCAUUUCAAAUCCGGUUAACUCCACCAUCCCAAUCACAUCAGAAGUUUUCAAGAAACAUGGAGUGUACAACCCCAAUAAGAUCUUUGGGGUGACAACCCUGGAUGUUGUCAGAGCCAACACUUUUGUUGCAGAACUCAAGAGUUUGGAUCCAGCUCGAGUCAAUGUUCCUGUCAUUGGAGGCCACGCUGGGAAGACCAUCAUCCCUCUGAUCUCUCAGUGCACUCCCAAGGUGGACUUUCCCCAGGACCAGCUGACAGCCCUCACCGGGCGGAUCCAGGAGGCCGGCACUGAGGUGGUGAAGGCUAAAGCUGGAGCAGGCUCUGCCACCCUGUCCAUGGCAUAUGCUGGAGCUCGGUUUGUCUUUUCCCUUGUGGAUGCAAUCAAUGGAAAGGAAGGAGUUGUCGAAUGUUCCUUUGUUAAAUCCCAAGAAACGGACUGUCCCUAUUUCUCCACACCGUUGGUGCUGGGGAAAAAAGGCAUCGAGAAGAAUCUAGGCAUUGGCAAAGUCUCCCCUUUCGAAGAGAAGAUGAUCGCUGAGGCCAUUCCUGAGCUGAAAGCCUCAAUCAAGAAAGGAGAAGAGUUUGUAAAGAACAUGAAAUAAGAAAGCAGUUAGUGAGCAGUCCAUUUCCUUAACUUAUUAAGGCAUCGUGUCACUGUAAAGAAAUUUCAGAUAUCUUUGUAUUUCAAUUUGAUGAGGAGCAUUGUAUUAACCUUACCAUCCCUUUCAAAUCAUGGGUCUACUGGUGGAUCAAUAAAAGCAGGUUUUGAUUUUCUUUUUCAAGGUAUCUUUCAUAAAUAUUGUGCUUUCUUCCCCAUUAGAGCUGACCUCGGAGUCGCUGGCAUCUCUUUCAUCACAAAUCAGAAUUAGAUGUUAUUUAAAUAUUAGGCUGAAGCAAGAUGGUUUCAUCACUGGCUUUAAAAAGUCUAAAAUAUCAGUAACUGUUCCUGCCAGCCCUUCCCUCUGCACCAUUGCAUCCCUCAGUGUGUAAACGAAAGGGCAGCUUAGGCCUGAUUCCUCAUAGUGUCCUUUCACCCGCACAGAGUAACGGCUCAUUGGCUGGUGCCUGGCCAUUGUUUUCUGUCCUGGUUUUUUCUGUGGUAUUUUCUGGCUAAGCAAACAGUACCGUCUUCUACAUUGGACUUGUGUUGGCUGACCUCUCUCCCACUCUAAAUUUGGUCAUCUUUUGAUGGAGCCUUAAUAAUCAAGGGACUCUGACAUCCUGGUGUCAGUAUUGUGAGGAAAGUUGGGAUGGAGACAAUGAAAAUACCAGCUACCAUGGCAGGACUGAUACUCAGGGAAAGGUGAGUUAAUGUCUGUCUUCAGUGACCUGAAAGACUUUGUUGUACUAGCUGGGCUCAGGACAAAUGGACAUUAAAAGGAGACCUGACUCCCUUUAGUGUUGGGUGCCAUCAGCUCCCCAGAGCUGUGGCUUCUGAAGUGAAAACAGCUCCACACCGGAGAGGACUUUGGCAAUAGGUGAAGUCCUUCCAUUGAAAGGUAAAAGGGUAGAUGGGGGUGGAGCUAUGUCCAGUGGAACUAAAACACAUGGAUUUUACAGUCAAGCAUGACAUUGUUUUGUUUAAAAGUAAUACAUGUUCACUGUUUGAAACGUAAAACAGCCAAAAAAUAAAGCAGGAAAUAAUC